AUGCAAGACAUUUCAUUUGGAUUAGAACCAACCUGUAUACCGCUAAUAGGUAAACCGACACCAUUUACUUACAUCACCGAUUCCGUCUUUUCUGACAGUACAUCAAUAUCGUCACAAGACAAAGGUGUAGAUAGUGGAACAUGGUCCGAAACUUCUGCUGACUCUGGCGACAACGAUUCUGAUCCCGAUGAUGAUGAAGUAAUUACAUGUUCGUGUGUACCGGACGAAAACAGCAAAUCACUGUGUACAGUCAACGAUGGAGAUCAAUGUGACUGCGUGAGUGGAUACGGUAACUUUUACACGACGCCGACAUACGAUGAUACGCGUCAAGAUUGGAUCGAGCAAAGAUUGGAAGUCGAUGCUUUACCUGAGAGACUACCUCUGAUCGAGUGCUCGGUGCAUUGUCCUUGUGCUGAGGGGUGUUCUGAUCGUUUGACUCAAACAGGCGUACGUGUAUCUGUAACUGUACAAAUAUCUACUUCUGGGAUAGGAUACGGAUUAUUCUAUACUCCUACAUCAAAUGUCAAACUAUCAAAAGGGAGUUUCAUCUCUCUAUAUGCUGGAGAAUACUUGACUACCCCUGAAGCUCGGAUAAGAUGGUCUGACCAAGCGACUAAUCAGAAACAAGGAGAAGGAAAUUAUAUCUUAACACUGAAGAUAUCAAGCUCAAACGAAAUUUGGCAUAUAGAUCCUAGGAAUAAAGGGAAUAUAGGUAGAUUCCUAAAUCAUUCUUGCGAACCCAAUUGUAUCAUCCAGAUUGUCAGGUGGGGAGUUACGAGUUUAUUCAGAGCGGCUAUCUUUACGAAAAGAUAUAUCAAAAAAGGAGAAGAAUUGACAUUUGAUUAUGCGAACGCAUCAGGGUCACCACUAUCUGCCGAGGACUUGAGACGUACCUCGGGCAAUGAGAGAUUGGAGGUCAGAGAGAAGAGAACCAGAUGUUUAUGCGGUACACAAACAUGUAGAGGUUGGAUGCCAUUUGAUGAGACUCUAUGA